AUGAAGAUGGACGCAAGCACACAGACUGAAGUUGGGCGAAAGAACUUCGCACAACAAACGGACGGAGGAGAAGGAGAGUGGGGGAAUGAGGAUAAGGAGGUGGAGAUAGUGAGGGAGAUAAAGGGAAGGAAGGAUGAGGAGGACGUCGCCAUCAUUGCAGUCUUUUGCCCGAUCGCGUCAAAUAAAAAGAGGACGAGAGAUGUGAAGACGCAAACCGCAUCUUCAACAAAGGAGAAGGGGAUGCAGACAGAGUGGAUGCUCCAGGUGAUCGAGAUCGAGGAGUCACGGAGAUCAAAUCGUGACUUACUCCUUCGUUUCAUUAGACGGCAAUGGAACCUGAUCGAAGUAAGGGAGGCAUUUAAGGUGCCAGAGAUCCUUUCCCCAAUAAGGGAGUUUGAAGAAGAGGGGGAGGUGUGGAAAACAUGGAAAGCGGGGGAAUUCGUGUGGAGCGAAGACAAAGAAAACACACAAAACAACAACAAUAAUAACAUUGACAAUAACAAGAAUAAAAGAAAGAAGACUGACGACAAUGAGGAAAAACAAAUUAAGAAGACAAAGAGAGAAACAACAAAAGAAGACAAAGAAAACAACACUAACAACGAUGUUAAAAACGAAAAUAAGAGAAAAAGUAACGACAACGAUGACGGACAAACAAAAACAAAGAAAAUAAAAAGAGAGAUAAAACAACAGGACCUUGAAACCCUAAAUGGGACAAAUUGGUUGAACGACGAGGUAAUAAACAAUUACCUCGAGUUAAUCAGCGACGAAAAAACAUAUGCGAUGAGCUCGUUUUUCUUCCCCCGACUCCACGUAAACGGAUACGAAGCAGUCAAAAGAUGGACUAGAAAGGUCAACAUCUUUAAGUUCGAGAAGAUGAUUGUUCCGAUCAACUUGGGCAACCAUUGGUGUCUGGCGGUCAUCGACUUUUUGGCGAGAAAUAUCGUCUAUUACGAUAGUUUUGGGCGAGAUAACCCGAAAUAUUUGAUUACCCUCCGGAAGUAUCUGAUCGAAGAAGCAAAAGAGAAGGGAAACGAUCAAAAUAAAAAAAAGGAGUGGAGUUUGGCAACAAAAAUGGAUAUCCCUCGUCAGAUGAACGGAUACGAUUGUGGGGUGUUUGUUUGCCUCUACACUAAGCAUGUAAUCGAGAAGAAGGAAAUGAACUUCACACAACAAGAGAUGCCCCAGAUACGCCAACAAAUAAGGAGGGAGCUGGAAACGGGAAUAAUCGAGUCAUAA